AUGACAAACGGGGAGACUGAGUCAGGUUUUUCCAGUGCUGAGCGCUCACGGUUCAGUGCAGGGAUCUCUACUCCCAAAACUCAGGAUACUGCCCCCCCACCCAUCCCCACGCUCACCUCCAGACUCACUCACCUCCUGAUACUAGUGCAUCUCUGUGUCCAGCAGCUGCAGGCCCGAGGGGGCGCGGCCCUAGGAACUACCCAAUCAGAGGUGCCGCUGAGGCAGGUGGGCGGGGUUAUGUUUUGCAAGGGCGUGGACGUCUGUAGUCUCUGCAGCCGUGUUUUGGGGCUGGUGUCGCCAGCCUUUAACGGUCACUGGUGGCUCUGUCACAGCUUCUGUCGCAUUUUGAUAUGCACUGGCCGUGAGGGUCAUAGGAAGGACUCGGGGAGACCCAUGAAACCUAGAAAUGGUGAGUGCUGCUCUGAAGUGGGGAGACGGGGAAGGCCCGCUGGUCGGAACCUGCUAUGGCGGAGCCGCGCCUUCCCCGCGGUCAAGUCCGGAUUCCGCCUCUGCCUGGGGCCCCGCUUGCACCUCGGUCCCCUCCAGCUCGCAGCGAGGGUUCUGGGCCCGCAGACAGGAACCGAGUAUCCUGUCCCGUCAUUGCGCAGCAACGUCGGCUGCGGAGCGUCUCUGGGCAUCUCUGCGCCCGCGGCCCCGCGUCUCCCCACAUGGUGCGGUGACCACGGGGAGGGUCAACCAGGGGACAAUCGUGACUCGGGUUCCGGGGGUCGUGCGUGGGAGCAGCUGUGCAAAGACCCCGGAUCCUCAGUUCCCCCAAACACACCUAAUACCGGAUGGUUCAGCCUAAGGACUUUUACCACAGCCUUCCUGACAGCAUCAUUAUCACCUAGAGAACUUUGCCAGGUAAAAGGCUAUACUAUUCCUCAGGACUCGGUGGCCUUUGAGGAUGUGGCUGUGCACUUCACCCUGGAGGAGUGGGCCUUACUGAACCCUUCACAGAGGAAGCUCUACAGAGAUGUGAUGUGGGAAACCAUUAGAAAUCUGGCCUCCAUAGGGGGAAAAUGGAAAGAUCCUGGCAUUAAAGAUCAAUACAAAAACCAGGGGAGAAAAUUAAGUCAUAUGGUCAAGAAAAUCUGUGAAAGUAAAGAGAAUAGUCAAUGUGAAGAAAACUUCAACCUUAUUUCAAAUUUCAAUCUGAAGAAGAAACCUAAUGGAGUAAAACCAUAUGAGCUCAGUUCAUGUGGAGAUGUCGUUGUGUAUCGUUCAUCUCUUGAUAGACUCUUUAGAUGUCACACUGGACAAUAUGAGCAUCCGAAAUAUGGAAAGAAGCCAUAUAAAUGCAAGGAAUGUAGAAAAGCCUUCAGAUAUUAUCAAAGUUUUCAAACACAUCAAAGAAAUCACUCUGGAGAGAAACCCUAUGAAUGUAAAAAAUGUAGUAAAGCAUUUAGUUGUCUCAGUUAUCUUCGAAAACAUGAAAGAACUCACAUUGUAGAAAAACCCUAUAAAUGUAAAAUAUGUAAUAAAGCAUUCAGGUAUCCCAGUUAUCUUCAAAUACAUGAAAGAACUCACACUGAAGAGAAGCCCUAUGAAUGUAAAGUAUGUACUAAAGCCUUUAGUUGUCUUAGCUAUCUUCGAAAACAUAAAAGAACUCAUACUGGAGAGAAACCAUAUGGAUGUAAGGAAUGUGGAAAAGCCUUCAAAUGUUAUCAAAGUCUUCAAACACAUGAAAGAAGUCACACUGGAGAGAAACCCUAUAAAUGUAAAAUAUGUAUUAAAGCAUUCAGGUGUCUCAGUGAUCUUCGAAGACAUGAAAGAACUCACACUGCAGAGAAACCCUAUGAAUGUAAAAUAUGUAGUAAAACAUUUAGAUGUCCCAGCUAUCUUCAAAUACAUGAAAGAAAUCACACAGGAGAGAAACCCUAUGAAUGUAAAAUAUGUAGCAAAACAUUCAGGUAUCCUAGUUACCUUCAAAUACAUGAAAGAACUCAUGCUACAGAGAAACCCUAUGAAUGUAAAAUAUGUAGUAAAACAUUUAGAUGUCCCAGUUAUCUUCGAACACAUGAACGAACUCACACUGGAGAGAAACCUUAUGUGUGUAAAAUAUGUAGUAAAGCAUUCAGGUAUCUCAGUUACCUUCUAAUUCAUGAAAGAACUCACACUGGAGAGAAACCCUAUGAGUGUAAGGAAUGUGGAAAAGCCUUCAGUUAUCAUACAAACUUUCGAAGACACCUGACAAUGCACACUGGAGAAAAACCAUAUAAAAGUGCAGCAUGUGGGAAAGGUUUCGGUUAUUCCACUUCCUUUCAAACACAUGAAAGGACUCACUUCAUGAAACCUCCUGAAUGUAAACAGCAUGGAAAAGACUUGAAUUCACCCUCAUCCUUACAUGUGAAAACCCCCAUGGAAGAGAAUUAA